AUGAAUAUUAUGACAAAAGAAAUUAGCUAUGCACCGGAUGCAUUUCGUAUGCUUCGUGGCUGUUUUUGUCUGUAUAAACCAUCGAAAAAAGGAUUCCGUAAAACACGAUCAGCAUUGACAACGAAAAUUAUCGAUGAAUUGAACGCAAUGGAAUGUCGUUCACCUCGUGAACGUAUCGAAAUAACUGGUGAUUUAUCCAUUUCGAAUGAUUCGAAUUUAAAUGUUGAAAUUCGUUCGAAUCUAGCCGAUCAUCCAUUAGUAUCCGGUCAACGAUAUAAUUCUAAACAAAUACCGUUAAUGUUUACCAAUAAUCCUGGAUGGUAUUCCAGUGGUAUUAUGGUUGGUUUUAUUGGAUCGGAUGCAUAUAAAGGAAUUCAAUUUAAACGUUAUAAUCUUCCAAAAUUAUAUGAAAUUAAAGGUGAAUUUGGUCUGGCAUCAUUAAAUUAUCGUGAUGAUGGUAAAGUACGAAUGAAAUCAUCAUAUAAACAUAUACAGGAAAUAUUUUUUGAAAGAAUUUUAUCGAAAAUUGAAGCUGCACAACGUUCAUUAAUGUUUAAAGUGGCAAAUGUACAAAUUCAAAGUGAAGAAGCUUAUCAGUUGGCUAUUAAAGGCCAAGUAAAUCCACAAACAAAACAAACAAUGCCAUUAAUUAUGGCCAUAAAACCAAUAACAUUUCAACCACCAGAUUUUAGUUUUCAAGUUCAAUGUCAAAAUGAACAAGAACAAUUUUUAGCCGAAUUAGUUAAUGAAAUUGGUAUUGGAUUAAAAUCCUGUGCACGUUGUACCGGUAUUCGUUUGAUACAAUAUGGACCAUUUACUAUUGAACAUGGAUUAUUACAAAAACAUUGGACAUUAGAAAAUCUUAUCGAAAAUAUUUAUGAAUGUCAAAAAAUUUUAAAUAAUUUUGAAAAACAAUAUCAAAGAUAAGGCCAAUUUUUUGAUUUUCUUUUUUCUC